UUCUCGACACAAACAAACGAAAGCUUCUUCAUCCCCAAACACAAACCGUGUCACGCUUGGCAGUAUUAGCAGAAAAGCUGUGAUAAUCCCCGUCUCCCCGCUCCAAAAUGAAGCCUUGUCCACUGCAGAAAGAGAUCCAAACAACAAGCGACACGAUCGCCUCUUUGCGGGAGCGCGUUAAGCGGAUGGAGCGAAAUUUGAACGAUCCCAGCCUUCCCGAAGAACGAAGGCGUGAAAUGGCACUGGAGCUGAAGGAAAUCUCCAAACUGCUGGAAACGAACGAGGAGCAGCUGAAAAAAAUGCACAAGGAAAACUCCAAAUCGUUUGCCGUGGCUGCCUGCCUGUUCUUCAUCUGCUUCCUCGUCUAUGGUCUGUACGUGCUGGUGAAUGGCGUCUGACCGGAACUUCCUGAAACACAAAAUACAUCACAAUAUGCGUCCCCAACCCCAGUAGGCUGGCGCGUAACCACAAA